ACAUUUUCAAGAUGGCGUUUUUUUGUUGACGAAGCUCAUAGUUACAAGUUUGAUGGCAGAUUUUGAUGAUUAUAUCGAUGCUUUUCGUGACACGGGAACUCCUACAAGACUCGCCGAAUGUUCGUCGUGUGGAAGAACUUUUAAUCCAACUGCGCUCGGUCGACAUGCGAAAGUUUGUCAAGGGCAGAAGAAGAGAAAGCCGUUUGAUUCUUCUAAACAGAGGAGGUCUGAUCUUCCCAAAGAUUUUGUGAAAAAACCAACGAAGACACAGUCAGAAUUAGCAGCCGGAGGAAAAAAGUCAAAUUGGAGAGAAAAGCAUGAAGAAUUUGUCAACAAUCUCAGAGCUGCUAGGGGCGUGGCUAGUGCCCAGAAGACAGGGGGUCCUCUCCCACCUCCUCCUCCACCAGCUGCAAACCCAGAUUAUGUACAGUGUCCACACUGCAGCCGGCGAUUUAAUGAACAUGCUGCUGAGAGGCACAUACCAUUUUGUAAAGAGCAGAAGAGUCGUUUAACCAAUUCAUCUUCAGCAAAAUCAGGAAGUUUAGCAAAGCGUACACAGUAUAAACCUCCAUUACCUGGAAAGAGGACAUCUACUGGCUCUGCAACAACUGUAUCAUCAGCAGGAAAAACCAGACAAGUUGCUUCAGCAAAAACAAAAUCAGAUCUGGAUUUCUCUUCUCCUGGUCAAAGCUCUGGUUAUGGCAGCCGACAACCACUUGCCUCUCCUAGUUCCAGAAGAAAACAGGUGCCAAAUGCAAGCCCAAUGUCAACACGGAAAGGACACAGCUCACCAUCGCAGCAGAGAAAUAAAGAUAUGAAUGGAACAUAUUCUGGCAGAGCAAGGAGCAGUGAAAGGAAUCAACAUUUGUUCGAUUCUGAUGAAGAAACAUCGCCUGCCACUCAGAUCAGGGAAGCCAGAUAUGGCCGCCGAUCAAGCCAAUCAAAUGGGAAUACAGAUAACCCAGGGGGGAGGGGUGGAUCAGGUUCAAGGUAUUCACGACCUACCUCAGACUACUCGGACGUUUCUGAUAGAAUCUCGUCAUCAUCUUCAUCAGGCCAAAGAAACAGGCAUAUCGCGUUACGAGAUCCAAGCCCUACAUUCUUUGAUGAUUUUGGGUUCGACAGUAACAGUCCCUCGCCGCCAAUGGAUCACACCCCUGUCUCGUCUCGAGAGAGACUGCAAGAGACUGCAUCCCACUCUGCCAGAAGAGGACAAAGAGAAGGGAGCGCGGGGAAAAAGCUGUCAAAAUUCUGCCAUGAGUGCGGUACAAAAUACCCUGUGGAAAAUGCCAAGUUCUGCUGUGAAUGUGGAAUGAGGAGACUUUACAUUGAUCUUACAUAAUUGGGUUGGCUAUUGGUCAAGUGGCACGUUGAUAUCACAGGGAUCCCAAGUUUUGACCAAUUUGUGGCGAGCACAGGAUGCUUAUGGGAACGAGACCCUGAAAAAUUCUGCAAAGCACACGAGACUACUGCUUUGAGUGUAACUCAUUGUAACAUCAAACCUUCUACUGAGCCUUUACAAGACUAGAACUACAAAUUAUUCGGUGAUUUACGAAUUAAGAGACUUCGUUUCCAGUGGCUUUAACACUUGUCUGUGGGUCUCAAUGAGAUGAUGACUUUCACAGUUAACGGUUAACUUCCUUCCUAUGUGAUUAAAAGAAAAACAAUUUUACGGUUAACUUUUUUUUUACGACUAACGGUUAAAAUUUGUCAAUUUUCACACCUAACGGCUAAGUGUUAGUCGUUUUACGGCUAAUGGUUGACCUCAUUGAGGCCCUCUUCUGAACCUUGCCAGUUGAGCAGAUAAUUGCUGUUCCAAAUUAAAUAAA